AUGGCAAGAGCAAAGAAGAGUGUGUGGGAAUUCGUUUAUGUUGUGGUAGCAGCAAUGGCAAUGAUUAGCGCAGGGGCAUACGCCUCCAUUUCGUGUAUGACUGUUUCAGGGGCAGCCGCUCAGCCGGCCAAGGCAUGCUGUGACGGUAUUAGCAGUCUGAAUGCCGCCGCCAAGACAAAAGCGGACAGGCAAGCCGCUUGUAAGUCGCCUGAACAGGAUCAGGAUCAGCUGAGCUGCCUGAAUUCUGGCAAUGAAGUCGCCACCAUGAGUGUGACUUUAGGUGCUGGAUGA